AUGGACGACGACAUGUUCGACGUCUUCGAGGGCGGCCCUUCCAAGGACACCGCGCCCAAGAAGAGCAAGAAGCGCCAGGCGAAUGGCACCGUCAAGUCGCCCGAGCCAGUUGGGGACACUGCUAUGGCCGAUGCACCCGCAGAGGCAACCGAGACGACGACUGAGAACGGCAAUGCGCAAACUUUGAAGAAGAAGAAGCAGAAGCGCGAUGCGGAGCCCGAGCCCAUCGUUACCGACGAUUUCGAGACAGAGCAGUCGCGCGAGAUCGCCGCCGCCGCUGGAUUACAAGCGCAGUCGCAAGAAGGCCAGGCAGUGGUGCUCUCACAUCAAGUCCGCCAUCAGGUCGCCCUGCCGCCGGACUACGACUAUGUGCCCAUCUCCGAGCACAAAGCCCCAGCAGAGCCCGCGCGCACAUGGCCUUUCACCCUAGAUCCCUUCCAGCAGGUCUCCAUCGCGUCGAUACAGCGAAACGAAAGUGUUCUGGUAUCUGCGCAUACCUCGGCCGGAAAGACAGUUGUGGCAGAAUACGCCAUCGCACAAUGUCUCAAGAACAACCAGCGAGUCAUCUACACCAGUCCUAUCAAGGCGCUCAGUAACCAGAAGUACCGAGAGUUCAUGGCAGAGUUUGGCGAUGUCGGUCUGAUGACUGGUGAUGUCACCAUCAACCCCACUGCGACCUGUCUGGUCAUGACAACAGAGAUUCUUCGCUCUAUGUUGUACCGAGGUUCUGAGAUCAUGCGCGAAGUAGCUUGGGUCGUCUUCGACGAGGUCCACUACCUGCGCGACAAGUCGAGAGGUGUCGUUUGGGAAGAAACUAUCAUUCUACUCCCAGACAAGGUCCGCUACGUCUUCCUCUCCGCCACGAUCCCCAACGCCAUGCAGUUCGCUGAAUGGAUUACCAAAACCCAUAGCCAGCCGUGCCACGUCGUCUACACCGAUUUCCGUCCAACGCCCUUGCAACAUUACUUCUUCCCUGCCGGUGCCGAGGGUAUACAUUUGGUAGUAGACGAAAAGGGUGUGUUCCGUGAAGAGAAUUUUCAGAAGGCUAUGUCGUCUAUUGCGGACAAGGGUGGAAGUGAGGCUAAGGACUUCAUGGCGAAACGCAAGGGCAAGGGCAAGGAUAAGAAAACCAAUACGGGUGGCAACAAGGAUCAGACCGACAUUUACAAGAUUGUCAAGAUGAUCAUGGUCAAGAGUUACAACCCGGUCAUUGUUUUCAGUUUCAGCAAGAGGGAAUGCGAGAAUUACGCACUCUCCAUGAGCUCACUUGCUUUCAAUGACGACUCCGAAAAGGCCAUGGUCACCAAGGUCUUCAACAGCGCUAUCGAGAUGCUGUCGGAGGAGGACCGGCAACUACCCCAAAUUCAACACAUCCUUCCCCUGCUCCGGAGAGGUAUCGGUGUUCAUCACUCUGGACUGCUGCCUAUUUUGAAGGAGACCAUUGAGAUCCUGUUCCAAGAGGGGCUGAUCAAGGUGCUGUUUGCGACUGAGACCUUCUCCAUUGGAUUGAACAUGCCGGCUAAGACGGUCGUGUUCACGAGCGUGCGCAAGUUCGACGGAGUAUCGCAGCGAUGGGUUACGCCCUCCGAAUUCAUUCAGAUGUCUGGUCGAGCUGGUCGUCGUGGUCUCGAUGACCGUGGUAUCGUCAUCAUGAUGAUCGGCGAGCAGAUGGAGCCGGCUGUGGCUAAAGAGAUCGUCCGCGGUCAACAGGACAACCUGAACUCGGCCUUCCACUUGGGCUACAACAUGAUUCUCAACCUUAUGCGAGUUGAAGGUAUCUCUCCAGAGUUCAUGCUGGAGAGGUGCUUCUUCCAGUUCCAGAGCACAGCAGGUGUCUCCAAUCUUGAGAAACAACUUGAGGAGCUUGAACAAGAGAAAGCCAACACCAACAUUGUCGACGAGCCGGCCAUCAAAGACUACUACAACCUGCGACAGCAACUGGACACACACACCAAGGAUAUGCGUGAUGUGAUUAUGCAACCCAACUAUUGCUUGCAGUUCUUGCAAGGCGGCCGAUUAGUCAAGAUCAAGUUCAAGGACUAUGACUUUGGCUGGGGCGCUGUUGUAGCGUACACCCCUCGCAAGGCCAACAAGGGCGAAGUCCUGCCACCUCAGGAGUCCUACAUCGUUGACGUGCUACUACCUGUGAGCAGCGACACGAAGUUUGUGCCAGCGGUGAAUGACGGUCUGCCACCCGGUGUGCGACCACCUGCAGCCGGAGACAAAGGCAAGAUGGAGGUUGUCCCUGUAGUCCUGAACUGCAUCGAAUCGAUUGGCCAUCUCCGUGUCUUCCUGCCAAACGAGCUCAAGUCGACAGAGCAGAGAAAUAAUGUUCGCAAAGCACUGAAUGAGGUUAAGAAGCGCUUCCCCGACGGAAUUGCCAUCCUGGAUCCCAUUGAGAACAUGAACAUCAAAGACGACAGCUUCAAGAGGUUGCUAAGGAAAAUUGAAGUGCUGGAGUCCCGUCUGCUCUCGAACCCUCUCCACAACUCGCCUAGGUUACCCGAUCUAUACAGCCAAUAUGCGCAGAAGAUCGCGAUCGGUGAGAAGAUUAAGAACAUUAGGAAAGAAAUUGCGAGCGCUCUGUCGGUCAUUCAACUAGACGAGCUGAAGAGCAGGAAACGUGUGUUGCGACGACUCGGCUUCAUUGACGACGCCGACGUCGUUCAGCUGAAAGCCCGUGUUGCUUGCGAGAUCAGCACUGGAGAUGAGCUCGUGCUUAGCGAGCUGCUAUUCAAUCGUUUCUUCAACGAGCUGACGCCAGAGCAGUGCGCCGCCUGCCUAAGUUGUUUCAUCUUCGAGGAGAAGACGCAGGAAGUACCGGCGCUCAAGGAAGAGCUUGCCAAGCCAUACCGCGAGAUUCAGCAGCAAGCUAGGGUCAUCGCGAAGAUGUCACAAGAGAGCAAGUUGACCGUCAACGAGGAAGAGUACCUCAAGUCGUUCAAGUAUGAGCUGAUGGAGGUUGUCUUUGCCUGGUCCAAGGGUGCGACUUUCGCCGAAAUUUGUAAAAUGACCGACGUGUAUGAGGGAAGUCUCAUUCGUCUCUUCAGGCGAUUGGAAGAAUUGCUCCGACAAAUAGCUCAAGCCUCCAAAGUCAUGGGCAGCGAAGAGCUUGAACAAAAGUUCACGGCAGCACUGGAGCUCGUCCGCAGGGAUCUGGUCGCAGCCCAGUCCCUGUAUCUAUAA